CGACAUUUUUCUGAAUUCCUGCAAACUCCACUCACUCAAUCCCGAUACAUGUUGAUCCUUUCAUACGCUCCUGCUCCAAACUUGUCACCGCUCCCCCCUUGGUCUCUGAUCGAACCUCAGUAGGGACUUCAGUGGCCAAAAACCCUUGUACACCUAUUGGAUGCUUUGAUCCUCACCUCGCCCCUGACGAGCUCACGUCAUGCGUCAACGAUCCAUUCACCGGACCUCCUCCUCACUCGAUACACUUCCCCGUUGCCCAGGUCACAAAAGAAACAGCACUCCUUCCACUGGAUCGUCCCUCUUACAGAACUAUAUAUCCAAGCUAGUCGUGUUCCUCAUGGCUUUAGCGAGGAUUCCAUUGGUCGGUCCAUUGGCAGCCAUCGCACCGCUACGACCGAGAUUCUUAAAUCGAGAGACAAAGAUGACCACCAAGACUCCUCAACUCACUUCGGAGGCCAUGCUCGCGGUUUUGCUCGAGAACGCUCCUCAGAGUGCUCUGGCCCACCGCCCAUUACUUCGACAGAUCUACCUGUACUCAAACCUCGCUCUCACUUUGGCUCUACUUCCUCUCUGGACAUUACGUUAUGCACAUCCCUCUUGGCGUCCACGAAAGACUUGGUCCCUUGGGACCAGUGUCCGUGUUCGAGUCAAGAGAGAUAUAUGUGGACUCGUCGGCGCUUGUGAGAUUGAUCAUCUGGGUAGAGACCUCUCCAUCGAUCUGUGCCCGAAAGACCUCUUGCAUUCCCAUCCCAUCACCAUACCUCCUGUCCCAGCAGACUCUCUCCGCGGUCACCCAGCUGAAAUGCUCGCUUUGCUUCGCGAGUCGGCAGCGAAGAAUGCCUGGACACCGCAUAUCAUACCUAGGGCAAAGAACGGACUACCAUUGAAGAAAGAUUGGCUGGCACAGCAAGGAGUGCAGUAUGGCCCCUGUCCUGUCAAGGCAUUUUGGUAUGCUGGAGACAAGUCGACACCAGAGUCGACCCUGUCCCCGAUCGACCCUUCCGAGCCUGUCGGUCUCUACUUUCAUGGAGGAGGCUAUUUAUUCGGUACCGCCGCAGAGACCGACCUCACUGCCAACAUCCCUAAGCGACUCGUCACGAACACGUCGGUCAAACGGAUCCUCUCGGUUGACUAUAGAUUGGCUGCCCAAGGCCCUUGGCCGUUGCCCCUCAUUGAUGCCAUCUCGGCAUACAAGUAUCUAUUGGAUAUCGGCAUGACCCCGGAUAAAAUCAUCAUUUUUGGAGAUUCUGCAGGUGGUCAUCUCGCCAUGGCGUUGACUAGGUACUUGAGGGAUGAAGGCAGACACGAGGGCAUGGGAAUGCCAAAGGGGCUCAUAUUGAUGAGCCCGUGGUCUGAUCUCGGAUUCACACAUGCGUGGGGAGAGGGUCGAUUCUCGAAUUUCGACUCGGACUUGGUUGACGAGACGUUUGGUCCCUUCGCUUGCUCGCUCCUCAUGCGAGCCUUACCUUUCUCCCUCGUUCACAAGUCAUCGUAUCUCUCCCCUGCGUCCUAUCUCAUUCCAUCUACUGCCUCGGGCCCAGAUUCUAUGGCCGACUUUCCGCCCACCUGUAUCGUCUAUGGGGGUGCCGAACGACUGUCGCUGUCAAUCCUCAAGCUGUGGACUCGAUUCACUCUCGCGAGGCAAGGCGCACACUCUGCGGAUCAGGAUUUGCUUAUCGAAGGCAAGGAUUGCGUGCACGAUUUCUUGAUGUUCCCUUGGCAGUAUAAUGCUGGACAAGAAGCCCGAGAACAGAUGGAGGGAUGGUUAGAGAGGCUGGUGCAGCGCCCCGCCCAAGAGCUUGGCCAAGUCGUGGAUGCGGAGAACAGCCCCAUUUUGGUGCCUUCGUGGAUGUCAUUGACGAACUCCAUCCGGAAUUCCAAAUCGGCGCUUGAACGCCAGGACUUGCGCGAGGUGCUGAGAGAAGCGGCGAUGGAGUCAGAAUCCAGCAUUCGACAGAGGCGGACAAGACGGAAGACUGAUCAAGUCGGGGAGGCUCGAAGUGGAUCACUGACAUUGUUCACUGGAGCGGUGGAAUCGGAUGAAGAGACGCUUGUCGGAGAUGGGGAGAGCGAGGCCUCAGAGGAAACUGUGGGUACUCUGGCGGAGGAAACCCAGGAGACGAUAAAGUUUGAGGCCGAUCCGCAGCCUGCUGUGCGACCUAUCGGUCCACUAGCCCUCAUGGCUCAGGCAUGAUCGUGUCUGUAGCAUUAGCUGUUGUAUACCUUAGAGCUGUAUCGCAUCUAGCAUAGCAUAGCAUGACAUAGCAU